UGACGACAAAUUGUGGCGUCGGCAUGCUGUGGCUGGCGACUCCGACAAGCCGACGAGCACGCUUCAUGAAGGCAGCAUGUGAAAGUCGACGCCUACGAACAUCUCACAGGCGCCCAUCGCCUCCACGUCCACAUCAUGGCCAUCAAGCAGCAGAGCUGGACGGCAUACGCCUUCGAUUUUCUUCCUAUGAUUGCUGCGCCCGUUGUCGCCUUCUUCCUCGCCCGACAGAUUAUCGCCCACUUCGACCCUGAUGCGAAAGCCAAGAAGGAAGCACAGCAAAAAUCAGCAGCAGUAGAAUCCCGGCUUCAUUCUAUCUUCAACACUCACGAGACCUACGACGACGAGCACGAUGACGAAGACUCCGGCUUCGUCGAGCGACCGAGGAAGCAAGAGCUUGCACUGAACACAUACGAGCAGACUAUCGCUUCCGAAGUAGUCGCGCCGACCGAAAUACCUGUUACAUUCGACGAUAUAGGUGGCUUGGACCAGAUCAUAGAAGAGCUGCGCGAAGGCGUGAUAUAUCCGCUCACCAUGCCUCACUUGUAUUCGAACCACUCCAGUCUUCUUACUGCCCCCUCUGGUGUAUUACUUUAUGGACCUCCUGGAUGCGGAAAGACAAUGUUGGCAAAGGCUUUGGCACGUGAAAGCGGCGCAUGCUUUAUUAAUUUGCAUAUUUCAACCUUGACGGAGAAAUGGUACGGUGACAGCAACAAAUUGGUGGCGGCGGUCUUUUCGCUUGCUAGGAAACUGCAACCCUCUAUCGUAUUCAUUGACGAGAUCGAUGCUGUGCUCGGACAAAGGAGGAGCGGCGAACACGAGGCAAGCGGAAUGGUGAAGGCUGAGUUUAUGACACACUGGGAUGGUCUUGCUUCGUCAACGACAGAAGGGGGAAGCCAAAGGAUUUGCAUUCUCGGAGCAACGAAUAGGAUCCAGGAUAUCGACGAGGCCAUCUUGCGACGUAUGCCGAAGAAGUUCCCGGUCAGUCUGCCGAAUGCUGCGCAAAGGAGACAGAUAUUCGAGUUGACGUUACGCGACACCAAGAUCGACCGAAGGAAGUUCCAAAAUGGUGCAGCUGCAUUUGAUCUGGAUGUGCUCGUGCGCGUAAGUGCUGGCAUGAGUGGGUCCGGCAUCAAGGAGGCGUGCAGAGAUGCCGCCAUGGUACCCAUCCGAGAAUACAUCAAGGAGCAACGACGAAGCGGACAGACCAUGAAUAAGCGGAUUAGGCCUGAUGCGGUUCGAGGUUUGCAGACAGAUGAUUUCUUUGGACGAAGAGGCGGUGCUCCUCAAAUGCAAAUACAGGAAUCCGACGAUGAUCGCGCAGGCGAUAACAGCGACAGCACGGAGGAGGUAGAAGAGUUCGACGACACUGAGGAGGUCGUGCGUCGCUGAUUUCGAUACCCCAAUGUUAGCGUUCUCUGCUCCUAUUCCCAUUAGCGCACAGAGCUAGUGCACCGGCGCGAACAUAGACAAGUGUUACAGGCUUGAUAAUCGCACCAUAUCUCCUUCGUAUUGGCCUGAAAGAUCUAUUAGCGUGCAGGGAUCGGAUGAAGCAGAGAGGAUCUGGAGCGUCUGCUAGGCCUCCGAUGGUUUCGUGAGCGAUCUCACCAAUCUCUCGGGGAUUCGUGAGCCGCGGACGUCGCAAAUAUCGGGAGCACAGGACGACAGUCAUUUCAUGCCUCGGAAAAUACAGGCUUCAUACUACAGCAACUGUCCAACACUAAAUGUCCGGCUUAUAUCCGCACACGACGGCCAUACACGAGUGAAUGAAUCGGAUACUGAAUACUACCCACAAUGCCGUCGAGCAGUGUUCUGAACAGGAUCGGAUCCGUAAUCCAAUGAUCCUGUUCGCGGUGUACCCGGUCAGUGCCGCCAGCUAUAGGAGGGGUUGACCGCCGUCACAGCUACGACUUCGAAUCUUUAGGUUAUGUGAAAGCCUUGGACAAGAUCAGGCUCAAUUCUUGCAUCAAUGGAAACAUUUUGGCAGAUUUGAUAUAAUCAUGCACAUUUGAUUGCAACACAUGCCAUUUGCAGCCACAAACAUGAAUUUGCUUCAAAAUUCUGCAGAACUUAGAUCCUUACCAUUCGAACUCGUCGUAGCGUCGGCAUCAGUCCCCUUUGAAGUGCCAUCUUUAUUCCAAUACUCAUCUUCAAGAAUCUCCACCUGCCC